AUGGCCGCCCCCUUGGUGAAGGCGCUGCUCGGGUGCUCGGACCUGACGCUGGGCGUGCGGAGCGCUGCCCUGCGGUUCCCAGGGUUGACCCCGGUGCGCUGGAGCCGCUACAGCGCAGAAUUCAGGGAUCCCUUGAUUGACAAGGAACACUAUCGCAAGCCCUUGGCAGAGCUGACGGAGGAGGAGAAGUUUGAUCGGGAGCUCAAGAAGACGCAGCCCAUCAAAGCUGCCCCGUCCUCGCACACAAGCUCCGUGUUUGAAGACCCCGUGAUCAGUAAAUUCAUCAACAUGAUGAUGAAAGGAGGAAACAAGGUCCUGGCGAGAUCCCUCAUGACACAGACCCUGGAAGCUGUGAAGAGGAAGCAGUUUGAGAAGUUCCAUGCUGCUGCUUCAGAGGAACAGGCAACCAUUGAACGCAACCCCUACACCAUCUUCCAUCAGGCCCUGAAGAACUGCGAGCCUGUGAUCGGGCUGGCACCCAUCCUCAAGGGGGGCCGCUUCUAUCAGGUGCCUGUGCCACUAAGCGACCGGCGCCGGCGCUUCCUGGCCAUGAAGUGGAUGAUCACCGAGUGCCGGGAGAAGAAGCACCGGCGGACGCUGAUGCCGGAGAAGCUGUCGAAGGAGCUGCUGGAGGCUUUUCACAACCAGGGCCCUGUGGUCAAGAGGAAGCACGACCUGCACAAGAUGGCUGAGGCCAACCGCGCCCUGGCCCACUACCGCUGGUGGUAG